AUGGCGGCGGCGCGGCGGUCGCUGCCGCGCUGGGCGGCGGCGGCGCUGCGGCCGAUCAGCGCGGCGGCGGGCGCCUUCCCGAAGCGCGUCAAGGUGGUGGAGGUGGGGCCGCGCGACGGGCUGCAGAACGAGAAGAAUGUUGUGCCAACACCAGUGAAGAUCAGUUUAAUCAAUAUGCUUUCAGAAACCGGGCUGCAGGUUAUAGAGGCCACCAGCUUCGUCUCCCCUAAAUGGGUUCCGCAGAUGGCUGACCAUACUGAAGUUAUGCAAGGAAUUAAUAAGUUGCCUGGUAUUAGUUAUCCUGUCCUGACUCCUAACCUGAAAGGAUUUCAAGCAGCGGUGGCAGCAGGGGCCAAAGAAGUGUCUAUCUUUGGAGCAGCAUCUGAGCUCUUCACUAAGAAGAAUAUUAACUGCUCGAUAGAAGAGAGCUUAGAGAGAUUUGAUGAAGUUAUGACUGCAGCAAGAGCAGCCAGCAUUCCAGUGCGGGGCUAUGUUUCCUGUGUCCUUGGCUGUCCCUAUGAAGGGAAGAUUUCUGCAGCUAAAGUUGCAGAGGUCUCCAAGAAGAUGUACUCAAUGGGGUGUUAUGAGAUUUCCCUUGGUGACACCAUUGGCAUUGGGACCCCAGGAAGCAUGAAAGAGAUGCUGACAGCAGUCAUGAAAGAGGUGCCAGUUGGGGCUCUUGCUGUUCACUGCCAUGAUACUUACGGGCAAGCUCUUGCCAACAUCUUGGUAGCACUUCAGAUGGGUGUGAGUGUGGUUGAUGCUUCUGUUGCUGGCCUUGGAGGCUGCCCGUAUGCCCAAGGAGCAUCAGGAAACGUUGCCACGGAGGACUUGGUGUACAUGCUGAAUGGCCUGGGGAUCCACACGGGCGUGGAUCUGCAGAAGCUGGUGGAUGCAGGUACAUUUAUUUGCAACGCUCUGAACAGAAGAACCAAUUCCAAAGUGUCCCAGGCAACAUGUAGGCUGUGAUACUGAAUCAAGUUUGUUCUUGAAGCAAGCCAGAGAAGAAAGCGAGGGCCUGGAACUGGCCAGGCUUCCCUUCCUGUCUGCUGCCUCUGUUCUUCAGUGCUCUUCUCAGGCUCAGAGCUUGAGAGGAAGUGCAUAAUUCACUAGAACCUAUGAAGAAAUGAAAGGAAAACAGAAUACUAUAUCCAACCUUGAACACGUUAAAUACUUUCCUUGGGAAGGAGACUCAGCUAGUCUAAGGGAUAAGUAAAGGAUGUACCACUUGCCUUCGCAUAGAGAGCAAAGCGCUGCAGUCUCUCGCAUCAGCUCAGAAGUGUCUGGUAAAUUCUACCUCAAGAGUAUGUUGCCAUAAAUGACCAGCAAAGGAUAAAGCCCAGCUCUUCUGGUUAAAGCACUUCUCCAGGUCAGGCUUGACCCUCUGCCCUUCUUUCUUCUCCUAUCGGGAACAAAUGCUACAACUGUUUAGACUGAAACUGAGAUGCUCCUUUGUGAUUCAGAGUGUGUAUCAAGGAGUUUCCUGGAUGUUCUCUCUUAGCAUUUAAGGAUUGUACUAAAAGACUGUAUCUGUUGUAAGAUACUUUUAAAUAGUAAGAAUAAUAAACACAUUAUUUAAUAUUCUAAAACAGUAGAAAUUUGUUUGUUCUAAUGAAGCCAGGAGAAGAGCUUUUGCUGCUCGUUUCAUUCCAAGUGCCUGUUCCUGCAGUACUUGCUUAUGGAGGAAAUGCUGUAUCAUCGUGGCCUGUGGUCUGUCCACAGAGAGCAGGCACCUUGAAGCAGGUUUAUUUUGUACAUCUGAGUACUCCUCAGUGGUAGGCAGGUUCUUAUUAAAUAAAUUGUUUUAGAUAGUUUAUUUUUGAAAGCAGAGAUAGCUGCAGAAUCUUGUCUUUGGGCCUGCUGGGCUUGUUUUGUACCUGUUUACUGCAUGUUUCUCUGACUGCCUGUGCUGCUCCUGACACUACCGCUCCGUGCAUCUAUACGCUACGGAAACAACUUGUAACACUUAAAUAAACUGCUCCAUGGAUAAA